AUGACACCGCACACGGCGAACGCUCUGGGGUCACUUCUCAAGAAUGCAAUCUCCACGAGCUCCACGCGUCUGGGUCGCGUCGUCCACGCGCGAAUCGUCAAGACCCUCGACUCGCCUCCUCCUCCGUUCCUCGCAAACUACCUCAUCAACAUGUACUCGAGACUCGACCAUCCCGACUCGGCGAGGCUCGUUCUCCGCCUCACUCCUUCCCGAAACGUCGUCUCUUGGACGUCACUCGUAUCCGGGCUUGUUCAAAGUGGUCAUUUCUCCUUAGCCUUGUUUGAGUUCUUCGAAAUGCGACGAGAAGGUGUUUCCCCGAACGACUUCACUUUCCCUUGCGCCUUCAAAGCCGCGGCUUCGUUGCGAGCGCCCGUUACUGGGAAGCAGAUCCAUGCGCUUGCUCUCAAGUGUGGACGGAUACUUGAUGUGUUUGUUGGAUGUAGUGCUUUUGAUAUGUACUGUAAGAGUAAGCUCAGGGAUCAUGCUCGGAAGUUGUUCGAUGAAAUUCCUGAUAGGAAUCUUGAAACUUGGAAUGCUUAUAUAUCUAACUCUGUCACUGAUGGAUUGCCUAGGGAAGCUAUUGGAGCUUUUAUUGAUUUUAGAAAGAUUGGUGGACACCCCAAUUCGAUAACUUUUUGCGCUUUCCUUAAUGCUUGCUCUGAUGCGUUGUUGCUGAAUCCAGGUGAGCAGUUGCAUGGGCUUGUGUUUUGUAGUGGGUUUGAUAGAGAUGUAUCCGUGUGUAAUGGGUUGAUUGAUUUUUAUGGAAAGUGUAAGAAGAUUCGCUCUAGUGAGAUUGUUUUUGCUGAAAUGGGGACGAGAAAUGCGGUUUCUUGGUGUUCCCUGGUGGCUGCGUAUGUGCAGAAUCACGAAGAUGAGAAGGCGUCUUUGUUGUUUCUACGUUCAAGGAAGGAAAUUGUUGAGACUUCUGAUUUUAUGAUCUCAAGCACUCUGAGUGCAUGUGCUGGUAUGGCAGGUCUUGAGUUGGGGAGAUCGGUACAUGCUCACGCUGUGAAAGCUUGCGUUGAAAGGACUAUCUUUGUGGGAAGUGCACUCGUUGAUAUGUAUGGGAAAUGCGGAUGUAUAGAGGAUUCAGAACAAGCUUUCGAUGAGAUGCCUGAAAAGAACUUGGUAACGUUGAACUCACUGAUCGGUGGAUAUGCUCAUCAGGGUCAGGUCGAUAUGGCAUUGGCGUUAUUUGAAGAAAUGUCACCACGAGGAUGCAGUCCGGCUCCAAAUUAUAUGACGUUUGUGUCUGUGCUUUCAGCCUGUAGUAGAGCAGGGGAUGUGGAAAAUGGUAUGAAGACAUUUGAUUCGAUGAAGAGUAGUUACGGCAUUGAGCCAGGAGCUGAGCAUUAUUCAUGCGUUGUGGACAUGCUAGGGAGAGCUGGGAUGGUGGAACGAGCAUACGAAUUCAUCAAGAAAAUGCCAAUUCAACCGACAAUCUCGGUUUGGGGCGCUCUUCAGAAUGCUUGUAGGAUGCAUAGUAAGCCACAUCUCGGGGUAUUAGCAGCUGAGAACCUUUUUAAACUUGACCCUAAAGAUUCAGGCAACCACGUUCUGCUUUCCAAUACGUUUGCAGCAGCUGGGAGGUGGGAUGAAGCUAACACCGUGAGAGAGGCUAUGAAAGGCGUAGGGAUCAAGAAAGGAACCGGGUACAGUUGGAUCACAGUGAAGAACCAAGUCCAUGCGUUUCAAGCUAAGGACAAAUCACACAGAAUGAGCAAAGAGAUUCUGACAAUGCUCACCAAGCUAAGCAAUGAGAUGGAGGCUGCAGGGUACAAGCCUGACCUGAAACUCUCACUUUACGAUCUGGAGGAAGAGGAGAAAGCAGCAGAAGUCGCUCACCACAGUGAGAAACUAGCUCUAGCGCUUGGUUUGCUAACUUUACCACUCAGUGUUCCCAUCAGGAUCACUAAGAACCUUAGGAUAUGUGAAGAUUGCCACAGCUUCUUCAAGUUUGUUUCUGGGAGUGUUAGGAGAGAUAUCAUUGUCAGGGACAAUAACCGGUUUCAUCGUUUCAGAGAUGGGACUU